AACAUUCACUGGAAUCAUCAAAGAAUAAGGUUUUAAGGAAUGCUGUACAUGUUGAGGAAGCUGAAGUGGAGAAGUGUGUCAGAGAUGUAAUGAAAGAAAAGAAGAUUGAACAGCAGGAUACAGGGUUUAAGAAAAAUCUGCAUAUAUCCUUACUGCAGAUAUCAGGUUAUAAAAAGCUGUAUUUGAAUGUGGAAAAUCUGAGGAAGGUCCCAUAUGACUCAGAGAAUGAAGAACAUGAGGAACAGUUAAUUGAGCUCUGGAAUUUGCUGAUGCCCCACGAGAAUCUGAAGGCCAGGAUCACCAAGCAGUGGUGCGACAUCGGCUUCCAAGGUGAUGAUCCCAAAACAGACUUCAGAGGAAUGGGCCUGCUGGGGUUAGUGAAUUUAGUGUAUUUUAGUAAGCAUUACACCGAUGAAGCUCGUCAGAUCCUUUCCCGUUCCAAUCACCCAAAGCUGGGAUACUCUUAUGCAAUAGUUGGAAUCAACCUGACAGAAAUGGCAUACAGCUUACUUAAGAAUGGUGCUUUGAAGUCUCAUCUGUACAACGUGGUCUCUGGAUUGCCGCAGCUGGAGCACUUCCAUCAGUUUUACUGUUAUCUGGUUUAUGAGUUUGACAAGUUCUGGUUUGAAGAAGAACCAGAAAGCAUCAUGCACUUCAACCAGUACAGAGAGAAAUUCCAUGAAAAAAUUAAGGGACUUCUGCUGGAUUGUAACGUGAUCCUAACCUUACAAAAUAAAAAGAAACCGUAACUCCUCUGCAAUCUAUGAGAUUCUGCAUCAAAAAAGGAAUGCAUUUGGAUGGAAGUUCUGCAUAUUUCACCAGAAACUGUUCAACAAUAGAACGUCCUUUUUUACAUUUAAAAA